UAUUCUCGGGCGGCUUGGAGGUACUUCCUUGUUAUCGAUCAGGACAAUAUAACACAUCCCAUUUGUUCACCUUUUCUUUGACGAUGACUAGGAAAUAAUGGUUCAUCAUUCCCCCAAGUCAUCACUAAGGCUGUUGCGUCUUAACGGCGCAUAUUACUCUACCUGAGGAGAGGUACACUAGCUGUACAAACUGUUUUUCUUGUGGGGAGAACCAGACCAAUCAGAUAUAUGUCCCAACUCAGGCUUAACUCACCCAAAACUCAGAAGAUGGCCGCUGAACCAAUAAAGGAGGUGAAAGAGAGCGCCUUCUUUUUCGGCCGAAUCACACGCGAUGAGUCCGAGGCCAUUCUUCAGAAUCAAGGUCAUCAGGAGGGGCUGUAUCUUCUGAGGGAAAGUAUCACCCCCGUCGGCAAUUAUGUCAUCUCCAUCUGCCACAAGGACUCUGUUCAUCACUACAGUGUGGAGAGGCAGCUGGAUGGCACAUACAUGAUCCAGGAUGGGAAGAAGUUUAAGGACCCGCUAGAUCUGCUGAGGUAUCACAACAAGCACCUGGACGGCUUUCUAACUCACCCCAAAAUCCCCUGUAGCCGCUCUCCAGGCACUUCCCCGCUCAAGUUCCGCGGCAUCACCUACGAAAUCCUCGAACAAGAGCUGAAGAAAAAGGUGGACAGCAUGAAAUUAAAGGGUAAAGAACUGGAAAAAGCUUUAGGGAGGAAACGAGAUCAGUUUGUGAGCUUGGUGGCAAAGGAGCUACAUAAGGAUCAGCCAUGGUACCAUGGUUACAUAGAGCGGGAUGAGGCAGAGAGUAGACUCCACAAUGACGGCCAUGAGGACGGAAAGUUUCUAGUACGUGAAAGACGGGAUCGUGACAACAAAGGGGCGUGCUUCGCAUUGUCAAUUAGCUUCGGUGAGGCCAAACACUACAUCAUCGAGAAAGAUCGAAGUGAACAUUACUUCAUAGACGAAGGACCAAAGUUUGAAAAUCUAAUGCUGCUAAUUGAUCACUACUACAACAAACAAGCUGGACUGAUCUGUAAACUGAAGAAACCAUGUUGCCGACCUGACUAUGACAAGAGGAAACUGGAGUGUUUUGAUUGGCCAUCCAUUGUCAGAGAAAAUCCUGCCUAUCCAAACUUCAGUGAAAUGGUUGUCACGACAUUCACAUCUGGAGCUGCUUCUGAGUACUUCAGCCAUCAAGAUGUUUUCAAUGGCAGUUGGACACAGGAAGCCGCCCCACCCUUGUCACAGGCCUCCUUCCCAGACGCAGGCUCCCCCAAGAGGAAGCUUCCCUCACCCCCAGAUGAGGAAUGGGAGGUUCCACAAGAUGAUUCCGUAUCCAAGGGGGCGGCGGCCUUGGCCAGUAGCCAAGUGUUCGGUGAGGAGGAUGCUGAGGCGAUUUACGGUCGCUAUAGGAGAAGAGAACCCUCAACGUUCACUCUACAGCCAGAACAUAUCACACUGGAGGACUCCUUAGGGGCUGGGAACUUCGGGUCUGUGAUGAGAGGAAGAUGCCGUACAAAGUCUGGAGAAAUACCUGUAGCGGUGAAAACCCUCAAACAAGAACAUGUGGUUCAAGGUCAAGAGCCGGAGAUUAUUCGAGAGGCCAAAGUAAUGCAGAAUUUAGAUCACCGUAAUAUAGUCCGCCUAAUAGGUGUGUGUAAAGGAGAAAGCAUCAUGUUAGUAAUGGAAAUAGCUCCUCUCGGCCCUCUAAAUAAAUAUGUACAGCGGAAUAAGAACAUGCCUGUUUGGAACCUUCUUCACCUGCUACAUCAGGUUGCCAUGGGAAUGGAGUAUUUGGAAUCAAAGAAGUUUGUUCAUCGUGAUUUGGCAGCUCGAAAUGUUCUCCUUCUCAACCCAACCUUUGCUAAAAUUAGUGAUUUCGGCAUGUCAAAAGCAGUGGGCUCAGACAGUGAUUAUUAUAAGGCUAACUGUGCUGGGAAGUGGCCACUGAAGUGGUACGCUCCCGAGUGCAUUCAGUACUUCAAGUUUGACUCCAAGUCGGAUGUGUGGAGUUACGGAGUCACCUUAUGGGAGGUGUUGUCCUACGGAGAGAAACCCUAUAGGAAAAUGAAUGGUCAGCAGAUGUUGACAUAUAUCCACUCUGGGCGACGGUUACCCCAGCCUCAGGCGUGUGAUGAAGAAACUUACGGCGUAAUGCUCAAGUGUUGGCAGGAGGACAAAGCGGCACGUCCUUCCUUUUCUGAGUUGGUCCCGAUGAUGAAGAACUUACACGAAAAGCACAAACUGACCCAGGCCUCUGGGAUAGGUAUUGAUUUAGUGUGACGCGAAUUGCGACAGAUUGCAGCAAUGCGACAGAAGUGGGGAGUUUCUCUUUUAGCAAGACAGGUGUGAUGACAGCGUUACAUGUGAUGUGCCUGGGACAAACAGUGACAGGUGCGUGUUCAUUACAAGAGAUCUGAGAGACAAGAGCGGGAUAAUGUGUCAAGGAGCAUAGCUUCUCAAGGUGAUCAGGUCACGUCGUCACAGUGGUUAUCGUUUGUGUACCUCUGUAUACACCGUGCUUAGGAUUUGUGUCAGCAGCUGCUCAUCACUGUAAUAGAGCAACACUGUGCUGACUUCAUGACUGAGAGGAUCUCAUCACACAACGCACCCCCCCUCCCCCCCACCUUUGAUCCCGUCACUUAGGAUCACCGUGGUUAGAAUCUCGUCACGCUGUCAUUAUCGUCGUAGUGUAACGCCCUCUCUUCUGCCAGAGUGGUACAGAUCCUGUUGUGACAGCCAUGGUAUUGUAAUACAACGUCAUGCUGACAGCGCCCUGACCAGUCACAGUAUACCGUCAGGAGUGGCUGUGACCAUGGCAACUGUCACACGUGUCAUCGUCACAACACUGUUACUGUCAUGGAAUCAUUCGGCAGUGAGUGUGCUGUGUUUAAAUGCAGGGGGGAAUAAUGUUCACAAAGGUCAGAGGUCAACUGUACAGACUAAUACAAGGUGCACUACGCAUAAUAGAUGUAAACAUUGUUUUAUAUUAAUUUUAAUUCAAGUAUCUGUGUUACUUCCAGAUUUUAAGUUUUAUUUUAUAUUUUGUACAUAAUUUAUCGUUGUUUACUGCAAAAGUGGAAUUAUUUUGGCUUGAUGAGUGACCUGACUUUUAUCUGAUUUACAGCAGAGAGUGC